UCUUGUCAAUGGUGCGAUCCAUGAUGCUACAAAUGUCUUGAAGCAUUAAUUGAUUAAAAGUCUUUGUUCCGAUUGGCCAAUCGAAUGUUUCAAAGUACUUAUAAUGAGACUUUGAUCACAUCUCUGAUUAUAAAGCGCAGAACAGCCUAAAAUUCUUGUCUCCGUUAAUUGUUGUUGGUAGAAGUAUUUGUUGUCAAUUUAUUGUUACUACUUCAACUUGACGAUGGUUCGUGUUUGGUAUAUGGACAACAGCGAUACCGAUCAACGAUUGGAACAUCUCAGGCAGCCUCCGGAAUUUCUGUCCUUGGAUAAUCUAUUCAUUAUGACAGGCGUAGAAUAUUUUAAAAUAGAUCAUCGAAAUUAUGCAACAGAUAAUAUUCUGAAAGAAUUACGCGAAAAACGAGGUUAUACGUAUGAAGAUGAGAUAACAUGCUCCAAAGAAUGUUUGCAAAAUUAUGAAGAGAAGUUAAAAAACUUUUUUACUGAACAUCUUCAUACCGAUGAAGAAAUACGUCUGAUUCUGGAUGGUUCUGGCUAUUUUGAUGUGCGUGACAAGAAUGACGAAUGGAUUCGAAUCGAAGUAACAGCCGGUGAUUUAAUAAUCAUACCCAGUGGAAUUUAUCAUCGCUUUACUUUAGAUACUAACAAUUACAUAAAUGCAAAAAGAUAUUUUGUGGGAGAACCAGUUUGGUUACCAUAUAAUAGACCAGCUGACAAUAUGGAAUGCCGUAAGAAGUAUCUCGAUCGAUUACAGAAAGGCUUUGAAGUACCUUCCCUUUAAUUUCAUACUAUAUAACUUCCAUGAGAAAAAUAUAUAUUUUUUAUAAAUAUAUUUAUAGAGCUGUUAUAAUUGAAGUUAUCAUUUAUAUACCAUUGUACAGAAUUAGAUAUAAUGCAUUACUUGUAAUGUCAUUAUUACUUUUUUGAGUAACACAUUUUUUUAUUAGUAACGACAAUGCAGUUACAUUUUUUAAAUAAUGGCAACGAAUAAAACUGUUAUAAUGUUACUGUAUAUACAACUUAUACAUGCAUAUAGACAUAUAUAAUACGUACGUUAAACAAGCAUGCGAUAAUUGGAUGAAUGAUGUAAAGCAUUUGUAUGUACUAUCUUUUUGAUAUACCAAUUUUAUAGAUAUAUAUACUUAAAUAAAGCACAAGUCUCUUUU